AUGGAAAAAUUCGAAAGAAAGGUAAAUCAACUUGAUACUGAAGGACGACAAAAGAUAGAAAAUGAUCAUGGUGCUGAUGUGAAACAGGGUUCCAAUACGAUAAAUCAACAGGAAGCACUCCAUUAUGACAUCCAUGCCUGGCGAAAAUGUGAUUCGACUACAAAUCAAUGUAAUCCUGGCACGUUUCGCAAAUUGAGUCAAGCCUGUCGCAAUCGACUCGUACAAACACCAACGGUCAUUAUGAUGGUGGGUUUACCAGCACGUGGCAAAACAUACAUAUCUCGAAAAUUAGCUCGAUAUUUGCAUUGGAUCGGAAUCAAAACGAAAGUAUUCAAUGUUGGCGAUUAUCGUCGUGACGCUGUGAAAGGGUAUUCAGGGAAGGAAUUUUUCGAUCCGGACAAUGCUGAAGCAGUAGCAAUUCGAAACCAAUGUGCCCAAAGUGCAUUGCAAGAUAUGUGCAAUUUUCUUCAGAACGAAGGUGAAGUAGCUAUAUUCGAUGCAACCAAUACGACUCGUGAACGACGUCGUACAAUAUACACUUAUUGUACAGAAACAUGUUGUUUUCGUGUAUUUUUUGUUGAAUCAAUUUGUGAUUCGCAAGAAGUCAUUCAAGCAAAUAUUCGAGAAGUAAAACUUAAAAGUCCUGAUUACAAAGAUGUACCACAAGAAGAAGCUGUCAAAGAUUUUCUUUCACGUAUUGAACUCUAUGAAAAACAAUACGAAACAAUUGAUGAUAAGAUAGAAGAGAAGCAUUAUCCAUUUAUUAAAAUUUUUAAUUGUGGUGAACGAUUUCUUGUUCAUCGAAUCGGUAGCAAUAUUCAAAGUCGUGUCCUUUAUUUUCUCAUGCAUAUUCAUGUUCUUCCGAGAACUAUCUAUCUCACUAUGCAUGGCGAAUCAGAAAUGAAUGUUCAACAGCGUAUUGGAGGUAAUUCAUCGUUAUCACCAGCUGGCAAAGCAUACACUGAAGCUCUUGUCCAAUACAUCACAAAUGAAAAAAUUCAAGAUUUGAUUGUUUGGACAAGUCAAAUGGAACAAACGAUAUCCACAGCAGCAAAUAUCAAUGCUCCCAAGGAGCAAUGGAAAGCACUCAAUGGAAUUCAUGCCGGCAUUUUCGAAGGUUUAACCUAUCGAGAAGUAGCUGAAAAUUAUUCGGAAGAGUUUGCUGCUCGUGGUCGAUCAAAAUACUACUAUCGAUAUCCGGGAGGAGAGUCUUACCAUGAUCUUGUUGCUCGACUCGAACCAGUGAUUAUGGAAUUGGAAAGAGCAGAAAAUUUACUUGUUAUUACUCAUAAAUCCGUAAUUCGUUGUAUUCUUGCAUAUUUUCUCGAUAAAAAUCCAGAACAACUACCUUAUAUAAAAGUGCCAUUGCAUACAGUAAUUAAAUUGACACCGAUGGCUUAUGGUUGUAUGAUGGGACGCAUACCACUGUCAGUUGAAACUGUAAACACAUAUCGUAAUAAACCGAAGAAUUGUGAACCUAAUCGAGCAGUUUCUGAGACACUUAAUGAAUUUCUUGAAGUACGGUCAGAAAUCAAGACUGGUCCAACAACAACCCAGAUCAUUUACCAGAACGCUGGUACGGCUUUUGAAACAACUGACGCCAAAGGAAAUCGAACACAACGUUUGGAUAGUAUAAUUGGUGAUGUUAUCUGA